AUGAGGACAAGGGUGGAUUUUCUAGUCAUAUUUUUGGUUGGGUUUCUAUUGCUUGGGUCAUGUUUUGGGAGGUUUGUUGUGGAGAAGAACAGCUUGAAAGUGACAUCCCCGGAGUCAAUCAAAGAUGUAUAUGAGUGUGCAAUUGGGAAUUUCGGGGUUCCUCAGUAUGGAGGUACCUUGGUUGGUUAUGUUGUCUACCCGAAAGCCAACCAGAAAGGAUGCAAGAGUUUUGAUGAUUUUGGUAUCUCCUUCAAAUCCAAGCCCGGUGGCAUGCCUACCUUUCUUCUUGUUGAUCGAGGAGAUUGUUUCUUCACUUUGAAAGCAUGGAAUGCUCAGAAGGCAGGCGCAGCGGCUAUUCUUGUCGCGGAUGAUAGAGCCGAACCCCUGAUAACUAUGGACAACCCGGAAGAAGAGGAUGCACAAGCACAAGCAGAUUAUCUUCAGAACAUUACCAUUCCUUCUGCUUUAAUUAGCCAAUCUGUUGGGGAUAAGAUAAAGGGUGAACUUUCCAAGGGAGAAAUGGUUAAUUUGAACCUUGAUUGGAGGGAGGCUCUUCCGCAUCCGGACGAGCGGGUUGAAUAUGAGUUCUGGACAAACAGCAACGACGAAUGUGGGGUCAAGUGCGAAAGCCAGAUAGAUUUCGUCAAAAACUUCAAAGGGGCUGCCCAAAUACUUGAGCAGAAAGGAUACACUCAAUUUACUCCUCAUUAUAUUACUUGGUAUUGCCCUGAGGCGUUUCUUUUGAGCAAACAGUGCAAGUCCCAAUGCAUUAACCAUGGGAGGUAUUGUGCACCCGACCCAGAGCAAGAUUUCAGCCGGGGAUAUGAUGGGAAGGAUGUUGUAUUGCAAAAUUUACGGCAAGUUUGCUUCUUUAAGGUGGCAAAUGAAAGUGGGAAACCAUGGCUGUGGUGGGACUAUGUCACGGAUUUCUCCAUCCGCUGUCCAAUGAAAGAGAAAAAGUAUACCAAAGACUGUGCAGAUCAAGUGAUCCAGUCGCUCGGCGUUGAUGUUAGGGAGGUUGAAAAAUGUGUGGGAGAGCCUGAUGCAGAUGCAGACAACCCUCUUUUGAAGGGUGAGCAGGAUGCUCAGAUAGGCAAAGGCGUGCGCGGGGAUGUUACAAUCUUACCUACACUUGUCAUAAAUAACAGGCAAUAUAGAGGUAAGCUGGAUAAAGGUGCUGUUCUUAAAGCUAUAUGUUCUGGAUUCCAGGAAACCACAGAACCUGCAAUUUGUUUAAGUGAAGAUAUACAGACAAAUGAAUGCUUGGAAAAUAAUGGUGGAUGCUGGCAGGAUAGGGCUGCUAACGUGACUGCAUGUAAAGAUACUUUUCGUGGGCGAGUAUGCGAAUGCCCUGUUGUACAUGGGGUACAAUUCGUAGGUGAUGGUUAUACUCACUGUGAAGCUUCUGGGGCUGCACGUUGCGAACUGAAUAAUGGAGGAUGUUGGAAGGGAAUAAAGGAUGGGAAAACAUAUUCUGCUUGCAUUGAUGGCCUAACUAAAGGUUGCAGUUGCCCUCCUGGAUUCAGGGGCGACGGAGUUAAAAGUUGUGAAGAUAUCGACGAGUGCAAGGAGAAGACAGCCUGCCAAUGUCCAGAAUGCAAAUGCAAGAAUACUUGGGGCAGUUACGAGUGCAGUUGUAGUGGCAACUUAUUGUACAUGCAGGAACACGACACAUGCAUCAGUAAAGACUCGAAAUCCAGUUACAGCUGGAGCUUUGUUUGGGUCAUUAUCCUUGGCUUGGCCGUCGCAGGAGCUGCAGGAUAUGCUUUAUACAAGUACAGAAUCCGGAGAUACAUGGAUUCAGAGAUACGAGCGAUUAUGGCGCAGUACAUGCCCUUGGAUAAUCAAGGAGAAGGUCCGCACCACCAUGCAUCCCAAGGGAAUGUCUGA